GUGUCAUUGUGCUUCGUGUGUCCCGUAAGCCAGCGAGGAACUGUGCUGUGAGUGAUUGUGAGUGGCUGAGUAGUGUGGUGGUUUGUCAGUGGUUGUUUGUGUACUUCGUGACGUGCAGACUGAACGCAUACAGACGUGAGAGUUUAAAUAUUGAGUGACUGGAAAAAAGAAUAAAGCUUGAUGUAAAUAUAAGAAAGUGCUGGAAAAUGUAAUGAAUGAACUUGUACAUUAAAGACCAUUUGGAAAUACGAGUUUGAGAUUAUAAGAGAACGUUGUGUUUAUUUCAGGAUUGUAUAACCUAUUGUGAACUUAAGGAAGGUUGAUCUCUGAAGAGUUGUAACUGUACGCCUGGAAAGUUGAAGUGGAAAGAAGGUUGUGUGUCCGUGUAGUACUGAUGCUGAAUAGACAGAAGGUAGAUAUUAAAAGAAAAUAUUAGAAAGAAAAAAAAUAGAAAUUGAGGAAAUAUCGGUUAUUGAAAGUAAGCUUAGAAAUCAUAAACAAAGAAAAUACAAACUGAAAAAGAACGUUGCAAGUUUUAUGUAGCACUGGAUAACAAUUGCUGACUAGAAGGAAGGAAACAUCAAAAGGAAAGUAAAGUUGAAAAAAAAAGUCACGUGUUUCUGUAGCAUUGGAUGACAAUUACUGAACAGAAGAAAAUACGAAAAUUAAAAGACCACCUCGUGUUUUGUACUGGAUAACAAUUCGAAGCUGGGAAAAGAUUGCAAAGAUUUCACUAUCAAAAAAACAAAGAAAAUACAGAUUGAGGGAAGGUCACGUGUCCCUUUAGCGCUUGAUAAGAAUUACUGAGUAGCCGAAAGAUACGAAAGCAAAAAGACCAACCCAGUGUUUUGUACUUAAUAACAAUUCGACGAAGGGAAAAGCUUGCACAACAUUCACUAUCAGAAACAAAGAAAACACAAGCUGGAAAAUAAGUCACAUCGUCUCUGUACUGCUAAACAACAACUGAACAGAGGGAAGACACGAAAAUAAAAAACACUACUAAGUGUUCUGUACUUGAUAACCACUUCAGGAAAAUUAGCAGAACGUAACUAUCAGAAACCAAAGAAAACACAAGCUGGAAAAAAAAGUCACGUUAUCUCCACUACUAAAUCACAACUACUGAACAGAAAGAAGACACUGGAAUAGAAAAAAAAAACAUUGAAAACCACUGAGAAAAAGAGUUGAUAAAUAUUGAUCUAAGUGAGUGAUUUUAUCUGUAGCGCCUAAACAGACAGAAGAAGAAAAAAAAACAGAAAAAAAACUAUCAAUUACUCUUUAUAUGAAAACCACCUGAGAAAAAGAGUUCGCAGAGAUUCGUGUGUUUUGAAGCCCUUGAUAAGUCUUAGUCUGAGUGAGUGGUUGUAUCCGUAGCGCGUAGUAAGUGACCCGCGCAUCUCGACCCUGUGUUGUUUUCCUCAGCGCCGCGCACCACAACCGCCAAGAUUCCGUUUCUACGCCGAAAGAAGGUUAUUGAGGUGGUGAUGAGGGAGAAGAAGGGCGGCGCGUUAAGCAAAGUCCAGAAGCUUAAACGGCGCAUCUCCAACAGCUUCGGAAAAUUAGGACUCCGCCGUAAGCGAGCCAUCUCGAAGACGGAGGUGUUUGAGCCAGAGUACAGGAUGCCCGCAUUUUCCAAAAGCGAGGAUUUUGAGGAAAACGGCUUCAGAAUGUCGGCCAUCUCCAAAAACGACGACGACGAGGUGUCCGUGUCAGGGAUGAAGAUUAACGGGUUCUCCGACGAAUACCUUGACCGGAUAGAACCCAACGGCAACAUCCCCGACAAGGACUGCGGAAGCUUUGACCGUUGGGAAAGACUCGUGGACCACCGGGAGUCUUUAUCUCGCCAGCUCUCCGUCUCGUCGGACUCCAAGCUGCUCGACGAGGACCUCCGCAGCGAGCAGAAGGUUAUCAUGAGACCCAAGAAGCCGCCCAGACCCAAAUCCGAGGUGUACCUUUGCAAAGACACCAGGAAAUCAAAGAGGUUCUCCGCAUUUGGGGGUGACUCGCCGUUCGGGAGGACAGAAGCCUACAUGAAGUUGGACCAGCUAGGCGAGGGUUCUUACGCCACUGUGUACAAAGGCUACAGCAACCUGACGAACCAGGUGGUGGCGCUGAAGGAGAUACGGUUACAAGAGGAGGAGGGCGCGCCUUUCACUGCCAUUCGGGAGGCGUCUCUCCUGAAGCAGCUCAAACACGCCAACAUCGUCACCCUCCACGACAUCAUCCACACGAGAGAGACGCUCACCUUUGUCUUCGAGUAUGUGCACACGGAUUUGUCGCAGUACCUCGAAAAGCAUGGCGGGGGUCUGCAUCCCAGGAACGUCAAGUUAUUGCUCUUCCAACUCCUUCGGGGCUUGUCUUAUUGUCACCGCCGUCGCAUCCUGCACAGGGAUAUCAAGCCGCAGAACCUCCUCAUCUCCGAGAUUGGCGAACUGAAAAUAGCAGACUUUGGUCUCGCACGAGCCAAGUCUGUCCCUUCCCACACCUACUCUCAUGAAGUGGUGACACUGUGGUACCGGCCCCCAGACGUGCUCCUGGGCUCCACAGACUACUCCACUUCCCUGGACAUGUGGGGCGUAGGCUGUAUCUUCACUGAGAUGAUCACUGGAGUGCCAGCAUUUCCAGGAGUCAGAGAUAUACAGGACCAGCUAGAUAAGAUAUUUAAGGUUGUUGGAACCCCAACGGAAGAGACGUGGACAGGGGUGACACAGCUGCCUAACUACAAGCCUCACCGCCUGGUCUUGCACCGGCCCCGCAGGCUGGCCAAUGUGUUCCCAAGACUCAACGACAUUCCCCACGCUGAGUCCCUCGCCACGCAGUUCCUACAGAUACAACCCAACAAGAGAAUAUCCUCAGAGGCAGCCCUCAGACACACUUAUUUUGAUGAUCUUCCACAACAAAUAUAUGAAUUAGAUGCAGAUCAAUCAAUAUUCUCGGUGGGCGGCGUGAGGUUAGCACAGGAGCUGAGGAACUACCCCACCUCAGUCAUACAGGCCGCCAGAGAGAUCAGAAAGUUGGUCUAGUUGCUGAUUAGUCCCUUACCAAAAUUUAGUUAUAGGAACAGCAUCAUGUACACCUUUACCUAAACUACCAUAAUCUAAAGACCUAUUUUUGCAAGUUAAAGCGGUGACUGCACUCAAUGCAUAUUUGCCUGUACAGAACUUUGUUUAGGGGAGAAGUCAAGAGAGUGAUGAAGUUCUAUAUAACUUUUAAUACAUAUUUAAAGAAUGCCACCAGAAAGGAAAGUAUUUUUAAUAGUCAUUAUCUUACCUCAAAGUCAGACUCAAUAUCCCAUGCACAUUUUGAGAUAUUUUCAUAUGUAUUUCCAAUGGUGAUGUUUUGCGUUGAUUUGACCACCAAGGUGAAGGUGUAACUGUAUGGCUGUUCUGUUUUAUAAAAGUAUUUGAGAUAAUAGCUUGAUUUAUAGGUUUGUAGUCAGAUAUUAUAUGUAUUUAGAGAAAUUCAAAGAAAUAAAGCUCACAUGCUCGAA